AAACAGAUGAACAGUUAACUGCGGUUAAUGAUCGCUGUCAUGGAUGACGAUGAUGAAGAUGGUGACGAGGAUGACGAUGAUGACGAUGAUGAAGCAGAAUGACUCCCUAGUUUAACAGUGAAAUCCGGUCCAAUAGAUAAUCAAUAAUCCUGUUAAUGCCUCCUCCUUGGAGGUGUGGUCCCGGUAGAACGCUCCCAUGUCGUACAGGACCGGGUGAUAAUCACCGCAGUGAUUAGCUGCUCCUCCGUAGUGAUUCUUCUUCUCCUCCUCCCUUUGCGGGUGUGUUGAGGUCAGCAGAGCCCUGAUUGGCUGUCACGGCACGGAGUCGCCUGGCGUCCUGAGAUCUCGGGCGACGCGACCUCGGCGACCAUGCAUGACCUGGUCGUGUAGGUCGCUCACGUCGCGUCGCCGGCAGCCGGCGGUCGCCAAGUCGCGUCAGGUCGUGGCUGUACAUAGACUUUUCAUUAGGAGUCGUUGCUCAAGUCGCCGAGGUGGCGUUUGGUCUGAACGCGGCUAAAGACGGACACAGACGGGUCAGGGACUAAAGUUAGACUCUGUCUGUGAAGAUGAAACCAUCUACGUGAACCCUGACCUUUGACCCCGCGGACCCAGCUAGAGAUCAGAGUUUAAAGACUACAGUCUGACCUUUGACCCCCAUACAUUCUCAUUUACACAAGUGCGUGUGAGUGUGAGUGUGUGUGUGUGUGUGUGUGUGUGUGUGUGUGUGUGUGUGUGUGUGUGUGUGUGUGUGUGUGUGUGUGUGUGUGUGCGUGCGCUCCCUCCUCUCUAUGUCGGCAGUAAAGGUCAAAGGUUAGACCUGAGUCACUGUUGAACAUCUAACAGAACUUUGACCCACAAACACACACACACACACACACACGUGUUGAGGAUCCGUCCCUCCUGUGAUCCUCAUCAGCAGGAUGUAUAUACACAUACACAUAUAUAUAUAUAUACACAUACACAUAUAUAUAUAUAUAUAUAUAUAUAUAUAUAUAUAUAUAUAUAUAUAUAUAUAUACACAUACACAUAUAUAUAUAUAUAUAUAUAUAUAUAUAUACACAUACACAUAUAUAUAUAUAUAUAUAUAUAUAUAUAUAUAUAUAUUGUAUGUGUAUGGUGGGGGGUUAAUGUCAACAAACAAACAAAGUUCAGGUUAUUUAUCUACAUACACAUAUAUAUAUAUAUAUAUAUAUAUGUAUGUAUGUGUAUAUAUAUAUACACAUACACAUACACAUAUAUAUACAUAUAUAUAUAUAUGUAUAUAUGUGUAUGUGUAUAUAUAUAUAUAUAUACACAUACACAUACACAUAUAUAUACAUAUAUAUAUAUAUGUAUAUAUGUGUAUGUGUAUAUAUAUAUAUAUAUACACAUACACAUACACAUAUAUAUACAUAUAUAUAUAUGUAUAUAUGUGUAUGUGUAUAUAUAUAUAUAUAUACACAUACAUACACAUAUAUAUAUAUGUAUGUGUAUGUGUAUAUAUAUAUAUAUACACAUACAUACAUAUAUAUAUAUGUGUAUGUGUAUAUAUAUAUAUAUAUAUAUAUAUAUGUAUGUGUAUAUAUAUAUACAUACACAUACACAUAUAUACAUAUAUAUAUAUAUGUAUAUAUGUGUAUGUAGAUAAAUAACCUGAACUCUGUUUGUUUGUUGACAUUAACCCCCCCCACCAUGUAUCUGUAUGACGUGUGUGUGUGUGUGUGUGUGUGUGUGUGUGUGUGUGUGUGUGUGUGUGUGUGUGUGUGUGUGUGUGUGUGUGUGUGUGUGUGUGCGUGUGUUAGGGUCGGUGUUGGACGGUCUGGGGGGGGUGGUCACAGAGUGAGAGUGGGCCGAGGAGAGGGUACGGGAGGGGGCUGAAGGGUGCUAUUAUCCCGGGGCUCAAUGGGGUCUUUGUGCCGACGGUCACAGUGAGGGGGGGGGGGAGCACUCUGUCAUAAUGUUGUUCAACACAGAGUGUGUGUGUGUGUGUGUGUUGGAGGUAAACAGUGACAUUUGUUCAGGACCUCACACACACACACACACACACACACACACACACAGGAAUCACUGCAGAUCCUCCAAAGGUCAAAGGUCAGAGGAUUUGAACCUCCACCCUCCUGACUGGCAGAGACGUUCUGACCUCCAUCACCUGGAGUCUGUGAGACAUGAUGGUGAUGGAGCUCCAUGUUUCAGAUCAUGGAGGAGGAGGAGGAGGAGGAGGAGGAGGAGAGGAGGAGGAGGAGCAGGAGGAGUCUGAUCUUCACACUUCAAACCUUUUCUGUCAUUUUUAAUCUUCCUCUGGGAUCAAUAAUAAAGUAUCGAUCAGUUUAAACUCAAAUCAUUCAUGUUCCUCAAAGUAAAGGAACGAUCAGCUGUUUCUGAGACUUAUUGAUCUUUUAUCAGUCAGCUGUUUCUGAGACUUAUUGAUCUUUUAUCAGUCAGCUGUUUCUGAGACUUAUUGAUCUUUUAUCGAUCAGCUGUUUCUGAGACUUAUUGAUCUUUUAUCAGUCAGCUGUUUCUGAGACUUAUUGAUCUUUUAUCGAUCAGCUGUUUCUGAGACUUAUUGAUCUUUUAUCAGUCAGCUGUUUCUGAGCCGCUCCGGUUUAUUUAAAGAUCUAAAACUACGUCUUCAGUGGCGGUGGAGGUCCUCCACCUUCAGCAGCAGAGCUGAUGGUCGACGUCAGAAAUAUCAGGAUCAGUAAAGACUUAUUGAUCUUUUAUCAAUCAGCUGGUCUCAGUCUGAUCGAUCAGCCAUUAUUGAAUGUUUUACUCAAAGAUCUUGUUUUUGUCGGAGACUCGUUUAUCUGAAGUUGAAGGAUCUCGGUGUUUUCUGACGUUAAUCGGGUGUUUUCGGCGUUUCCCCCUGAAUUCGGCGAGGACAGAGGAGGCGCUCUGGUGUUUUGACGUGUUGAUUGAUGAUGUGUCGUAGCGGAGCUUUCUGCAGAGUGGCGUGACGGAGCGCCUCCACAGGCCCGUGUCUACCUCAGCUCCUCCACGAUGACAUGAAGAACGCCGUUGAAUCAGAUCUCCAAACGUGGACCUCAGGCUGAUGUCUGUGAUGUUUCCACAUGUUGUCCCAGAUAUCUCUGAUGUUUGGGUUUGCUCCUCACGGUUCCAGGGCCGUGUACCUCAGAGAACCUCAGAGGGAUCUUUGAUAGUUCUGUGAUGGACCUGAGUCUGGACCUGAGUCUGGACCUGAGUCUGGACCUGAGUCUGGACCUGGGUCUGGACUCAGUGGGUGUGAGGACAGAUGGAGAGCUCAGAUCUUCUCAUCCUCUCAGAGCUUCUCUCUCAUUUCUGUUUUUCUGAGGUUGUGAAAAACUCCCUCUUUUUCUCAUUGUGUUGUGAGAUUUAGCCCCGCCCCCUUUCUUCUGCUACUUCCUGUCUUAUCAAAGGCGCUCCCUGACCUCCCUUCCUGUCCAUUCAAUUUCAGUUCUCGCCUCAUUCUCCUUUUUCAAACGGUUCGUCGUGAUAAAAGCUGAACUAACAUGAACUUCUCCUCCUCCUCCUCCUCCUCCUCCUCCUCCUCCUCCUCCUCUUCCUCCUCCUCCUCCUCUUCCUCCUCCUCCUCCUCCUCCUCCUCUCUUUCAGACCUUCACCGCCUGGUGUAACUCCCACCUGAGGAAGGCCGGCACGCAGAUCGAGAACAUCGAGGAGGACUUCAGGGAUGGACUCAAACUCAUGCUGCUGUUGGAGGUCAUCUCAGGUACUCUUCCUCACCCUCAUCUUCCUCACCCUCGUACUCCUCACCCUCGUCUUCUUCACCCUCAUCUUCUUCACCCUCGUCUUACUCACCCUCAUCGUCCUCACCCUAUUCUUCCUCACCCUAUUCGUCCUCACCCUCAUCGUCCUCACCCUCGUCUUCUUCACCCUCGUCUUCCUCACCCUCGUCUUCCUCACCCUCACCUUCUUCACCCUCAUCUUCUUCACCCUCAUCUUCCUCACCCUCGUCUUCUUCACCCUCACCUUCUUCACCCUCAUCUUCCUCACCCUCGUCUUCCUCACCCUCAUCUUCCUCACCCUCGUCUUCCUCACCCUCGUCUUCCUCACCCUCGUCUUCCUCACCCUCACCUUCCUCACCCUCAUCUUCCUCACCCUCGUCUUCCUCACCCUCGUCUUCCUCACCCUCAUCUUCUUCACCCUCGUCUUCCUCACCCUCGUCUUCCUCACCCUCAUCUUCCUCACCCUCGUCUUCCUCACCCUCAUCGUCCUCACCCUCACCUUCUUCACCCUCAUCUUCUUCACCCUCGUCUUCCUCACCCUCAUCUUCCUCACCCUCAUCUUCCUCACCCUCGUCUUCCUCACCCUCAUCUUCCUCACCCUCGUCUUCCUCACCCUCGUCUUCCUCACCCUCGUCUUCCUCACCCUCGUCUUCCUCACCCUCGUCUUCCUCACCCUCGUCUUCCUCACCCUCGUCUUCCUCACCCUCAUCUUCCUCACCCUCGUCUUCCUCACCCUCGUCUUCCUCACCCUCGUCUUCCUCACCCUCAUCUUCCUCACCCUCGUCUUCCUCACCCUCGUCUUCCUCAUGUUUAUCAUUUUUUAACUGAACCUCUGAAUUCAGAGUUUGUGAUAAAAGUUUUAAUAUCAGAUGGUGAAGAGGCUCCGCCCCCUGACUUAACUCUGCAGGAGCUCACUCACUCACUGUGCUUUUCCUCUUCCUGUGUGUGUGUGCGUGCGCGUGUGUGUGUGCGUACGUGCGUGCGUGCGUGCGUGCGUGCGUGUGUGCCGCGUAUGUCCACAGGGGAGCGGUUACCCAAACCUGAGCGAGGAAAGAUGAGGGUCCACAAGAUCAACAACGUCAACAAAGCUCUGGACUUCAUCGCCAGUAAAGGGGUCAAACUGGUCUCUAUUGGAGCAGAAGGUAAGACCUCCAGUCCUCUCAGUAUGUAACAGGUUCAGCCAGCAGGGGGCGAGGCAGAGCGGCGGGUCUGAUAGACUCAUGUGGUCUGAAAAGUCAAAGAGGUGGAUCUGAGGUGUGUCUGUUCAGACUCUGAGGGUUUGGAGGAGGAGCAGGAGGAGCAUGAGGAGCAGGAGGAGCAUGAGGAAGUGAAACACGUGAACUAUGAGGAGAAUCUCACCUGCGUGCCUCUCAUACCUCGCUGUCCCGCUCAGCGUGUGUCUCAUGUUCAUGAACCUGAAACAGAUCUGUGGGAGGUGAUGAGAAACCGGGUCCACAGUGAGGAGGACUGUCUCAGGUUAGAUGUUCAGGGCUGUAGAUGUCCACACAGACCAUCACGGUCCUCAGGAACCACCAGGCUGCCUCUGUCUGUUUUAUGAACGUGGAUCUCACAGAGUGGAGAUCUGGCAGCUGUGGGCCUCGGAGGUCCUCUGUCUGUGGGUGAGUUGGCGUUAUUAGAAGAAGCAGCAGAUGUAAGGUAGUAAAAACAGAAGUGAGAGGAGGAGGAGGAGGAGGAGACGAAGAGAAUCCAGGAGCAACCAGAAGAAAAGGGAGUGAAGGGUUAGUUCAUGUGGAGGUACCACAGCAGGCUGGGUCCAGAACCUCCUGGAUCCUCUGAACUGAAGAACUUCUCUGAAGUGAUGAACUUUCUGAGAACUUUGACAUUUUCUUUAGACGAUGAGAUUCGAAGUUAAAUUCACGUGAAAACUGUGAGGAGGAAAAACACGUUAGACUCAUUAGACUCACAGCUGAACAAAGACGGUCAUGAGAAACGUUUCCCUCAGAGUCUCAUGUCGGGUCUGAGCAUGAAGGUCUGUCAUAAAGUCAGAGCGACAGCAUGACGACGACAACGACACGCUACAACACGCCGCUCUAACGGCGGCUUUAACUCUCAUGAUUCUCUCAGAAACUCUGAAGUUUGUGUCUCAUCCUGUCGACUGAAGCGGCAGAUCUGAGGUUAUGGGGAGAACGGGGCGUCUUCUCAGGUGGACCACACCCACCUGUGUGAGAGCAGCUCGGGGUCGUCAGCUGUCGCUCAUGAUAAAUUCAGCAGAAAUCAGAGAAGAUAAAAAUCUGAUCAGCUCCAUUGAUCAGCUGAUUGAUUUCCCUGUUCUUCUCUUCCUGGUCAUGAGGAUCAGCCAAUCAGAGCUCUUAAAAGGAUGAGUCAUACUGAGCAGUGGGGUUGGCCACGCCCCCUCCCCUAAAUGAGAGGACUCUGAGUCUUUGUGAGUCCAGGUUCUGGACUCUGAUUGGUCUGGAUCUGGUCGUUAAACCCCUGAACAGGACCAGAACCAGAACUUUGCUGGUCCGUUUGACUUUAACAGCAGCAGAUGUUGGACUCUGUGAAGGUUCGAGGAACCCUCCAAAGGUUCCUCUGAGUCUGAGCCUGACAGACUCUCAACCAUGACUCUUUUCAAACCUGUCGAUGUGUUCGCCGCAGAAAUCGUGGACGGAAACGCCAAGAUGACCCUGGGAAUGAUCUGGACCAUCAUCCUCCGCUUCGCCAUCCAGGACAUCUCCGUAGAAGGUACGAGUUUAAGAGAGAGAGAGAGAGAGAGAGAGAGAGAGAGACAGACAGAGAGAGAGCGAGAGAGAGAGGGAGGGAGAGAGAGACAGAGGGAGAGAGAGAGAGAGAGAGAGACAGAGAGAGAGAGAGAGAGAGAGAGAGAGGAAGAGAGAGAGAGAGAGAGACAGAGGAAGUAAAAGACCUAAAAAAGAGAGAGAGCUGAAAAGUGAGGGAUAGAGCAGAGAGAGAAAAGAGAGAAUCAGAAAUGAAGAGAAGAAAGAGAGCGAAGGAAAGAGGGAGGAGAAAAGAAGGAGAAACAGAACUACAGUAAUUACAGUACUAAUGCAGUAAUAGUACUACAGUAGUUACAGUACUAUAGCAGUAAUAGUACUACAGUAGUUACAGUACUAUAGCAGUAAUAGUACUACAGUAGUUACAGUACUAAAGCAGUAAUAGUACUACAGUAGUUACAGUACUAUAGCAGUAAUAGUACUACAGUAGUUACAGUACUAAAGCAGUAAUAGUACUACAGUAGUUACAGUACUAUAGCAGUAAUAGUACUACAGUAGUUACAGUACUAUAGCAGUAAUAGUACUACAGUAGUUACAGUACUACAGCAGUAAUAGUACUACAGUAGUUACAGUACUAAAGCAGUAAUAGUACUACAGUAGUUACAGUACUAAAGCAGUAAUAGUACUACAGUAGUUACAGUACUAUAGCAGUAAUAGUACUACAGUAGUUACAGUACUAAAGCAGUAAUAGUACUACAGUAGUUACAGUACUAUAGCAGUAAUAGUACUACAGUAGUUACAGUACUAUAGCAGUAAUAGUACUACAGUAGUUACAGUACUAAAGCAGUAAUAGUACUACAGUAGUUACAGUACUAUAGCAGUAAUAGUACUACAGUAGUUACAGUACUAAAGCAGUAAUAGUACUACAGUAGUUACAGUACUAUAGCAGUAAUAGUACUACAGUAGUUACAGUACUAUAGCAGUAAUAGUACUACAGUAGUUACAGUACUAAAGCAGUAAUAGUACUACAGUAGUUACAGUACUAUAGCAGUAAUAGUACUACAGUAGUUACAGUACUAAAGCAGUAAUAGUACUACAGUAGUUACAGUACUAUAGCAGUAAUAGUACUACAGUAGUUACAGUACUAAAGCAGUAAUAGUACUACAGUAGUUACAGUACUAUAGCAGUAAUAGUACUACAGUAGUUACAGUACUAUAGCAGUAAUAGUACUACAGUAGUUACAGUACUAAAGCAGUAAUAGUACUACAGUAGUUACAGUACUAAAGCAGUAAUAGUACUACAGUAGUUACAGUACUAAAGCAGUACAAGAGUAAUAGUACUACAGUAGUUACAGUACUAUAGCAGUAAUAGUACUACAGUAGUUACAGUACUAUAGCAGUAAUAGUACUACAGUAGUUACAGUACUAAAGCAGUAAUAGUACUACAGUAGUUACAGUACUAAAGCAGUAAUAGUACUACAGUAGUUACAGUACUAUAGCAGUAAUAGUACUACAGUAGUUACAGUACUAAAGCAGUAAUAGUACUACAGUAGUUACAGUACUAAAGCAGUAAUAGUACUACAGUAGUUACAGUACUAAUGCAGUAAUAGUACUACAGUAGUUACAGUACUAAAGCAGUAAUAGUACUACAGUAGUUACAGUACUAUAGCAGUAAUAGUACUACAGUAGUUACAGUACUAAAGCAGUAAUAGUACUACAGUAGUUACAGUACUAUAGCAGUAAUAGUACUACAGUAGUUACAGUACUAUAGCAGUAAUAGUACUACAGUAGUUACAGUACUAUAGCAGUAAUAGUACUACAGUAGUUACAGUACUAUAGCAGUAAUAGUACUACAGUAGUUACAGUACUAUAGCAGUAAUAGUACUACAGUAGUUACAGUACUAUAGCAGUAAUAGUACUACAGUAGUUACAGUACUAUAGCAGUAAUAGUACUACAGUAGUUACAGUACUAAAGCAGUAAUAGUACUACAGUAGUUACAGUACUAUAGCAGUAAUAGUACUACAGUAGUUACAGUACUAAUGCAGUAAUAGUACUACAGUAGUUACAGUACUAAUGCAGUAAUAGUACUACAGUAGUUACAGUACUAAUGCAGUAAUAGUACUACAGUAGUUACAGUACUAAUGCAGUAAUAGUACUACAGUAUUGAGGUCUGACCAUCACUGUGGGACCAUCAGGUCUGUGCUGCUUUAACAUUUCUCCUCUGCUCCUCCUCCUCUGUAUCUCCUCUGCUCCUCCUCUUCUGUAUCUCCUCUGCUCCUCCUCUUCUGUAUCUCCUCUGCUCCUCCUCUUCUGUAUCUCCUCUGCUCCUCCUCUUCUGUAUCUCCUCUGCUCCUCCUCCUCUGUAUCUCCUCUGCUCCUCCUCCUCACUACAGAGACGUCUGCGAAGGAGGGUCUUCUUCUUUGGUGUCAGAGGAAAACUGCUCCCUACAAGAACGUCAAUGUGCAGAACUUCCACAUCAGGUAACACACACACACACACACACACACACACACACACACACACACACACACACACACACACACACACACACACACACACACACACACACACACACACACACACACACACACACACACACUGCUUGUCACUGAGGAGUAUUAAAUAUCAGGAGCUGCAGUUCUUGUGUGUAAAGAUCGCCCCCUGCUGGACUCUCUGUGAUCUGCUCCUCUCAAUAAUCAGGAGGGUUUUUUUUCUCAUUAGUUAAAAUUAAUGAUUAUUAAAAAAUAAUUCAGAUUAAAAUAAUUCAGAUUAAAAUAAUUCAGAUUAAAUUCAGUCAUCCUCGUGAGCCCAGAUUCAUGUUUUCACAACAAGACAAACAGAAAUGACAACAUUAAAGAUUUCUCUCUGUUGGUUUCAAACCCGGCUGCUCUCACACAGAACUGAUCGGAUCUGUUCUGAUCUGACCCGGCGUUCUGAGCAGUAUCUGGACCAACAUGAAUCUCUGAAGUUCUCCUGAUGUUUCCUCCUCCCCCAGCUCCUCACUAACCUCUCGUGUUUCUCCCCCAGCUGGAAGGACGGUCUCGCCUUCAACGCUCUGAUCCACAGACACAGACCGGACCUCAUCGACUACGACAGCCUCAGAAAGGUCCGCUCAGUCCAAACCCACUUUUCAGAACUUCUCUUUUGAAGUCUGAGGCCUCGUGUAGAACCCGAGUGUAGAACCCAAACAGAGAGGGUCCGAAUAUUAAUAUUCAGGGUUUUAUAACCUGGUUCCUUUUGUCAGUCCCGCUGAUACCGGGUCAGCCUAGACGGUCAGAACAGAACACUUAAAGAAUCCAUGACAGUAGUCCUGAGGGUCCCAGAAGAUGCAGAGAUGUUCCUGAAUGAAGCAGAGGUCAGAGGUCAGAGGUCAGAGCAGAAAUGUCAAAAAAACCUACAAAUUAAAAAACAAAGAGCUGAUGACGGCGUGAAGCUGCGGCGCCGAGGCGUCCUUCAGCGGCGAGCGUCAGUAUUUGACCCGGAUCUGUGAGCGUUAGUGAUCUUCUCAUCAGGGUCUGUAGGUUCAUGAACGCCGAGUUUCUCCACGAGGUCCAGAACUCACAAAAACACUGAUGAUGAUGAUGAUGAUGUAAGAGGAGGAGGGAGGAGUUACUGUGAUCCUGACUCUGUGAUUGGCUGUUCAGGACGACCCUGUGACCAAUCUAAACAACGCCUUCGAGGUGGCCGAGAAACACCUGGACAUCCCCAAGAUGUUGGACGCAGAAGGUAGGCAGGAAGUGCGCCCUUAUAUGUCUGUGUUGCCAUGGUGAUUGUCUCGUGUGUCAGUGUUGCCAUGGUGACCGUAUUUACAGCCUCUCAGCACAGUGACUGGCUCUGUGGUCCGUCUGUAGGUCCAAAUUCUGUUCUGACCCGAUAGUCGGGUCACAUGACUGUCACAUGUUCUCUAAACCAGCUGGACUCGGUGUCCGUUAAAGUCCAAACCCACCAGGAGGUCCUGGUGUGAGUGAAGGUCUGUAAGAACCUGCAGGGUCCCCCCGGACCCGAGUCAGACCCCCAUCCUGAACCGUCACUGUGUUGAUGUCCCGGUAAAUCUGGUCUCUGAAGGUCUUCUGGACUUCUCUCUGAGGAGCUGAAGAUGAGAGGCUGGAGCUUCAUCAUCUUCAGGGAGGAUGAAGCUCCUCCUCCUCCUCCUCCUCCUCCUCCUCCUGAGGAGUUCAUAAAGUCCAAUUAAACAGAUCUUCACCAAUCAGCCAGAACAAAGUGACCCUUGAAGGUCCAGUCAGGAUCAUCUCCUCAGAUCAGACCCUGAUCAGGUUAGUUAGACCAGCAUCUCCACAGCUUCAGCUCAGAACAGUCAGAACCGACCAGCGGGAGGUCCAAGGGAGGAGGAACCGACCAGCGGGAGGUCCAAGGGAGGAGGAACCGACCAGCGGGAGGUCCAAGAGAGGAGGAACCGACCAGCGGGAAGUCCAAGAGAGGAGGAACCGACCAGCGGGAGGUCCAAGAGAGGAGGAACCGACCAGCGGGAAGUCCAAGAGAGGAGGAACCGACCAGCAGGAAGUCCAAGAGAGGAGGAACCGACCAGCGGGAGGUCCAAGGGAGGAGGAACUGUUUCAGAGGACUGACCUGUCUGUGCCGACCUCACAGAGACGGGUCAGACGGGUCAGACUGGACCUCCUGCGGUUCUGGCUGGUUGGUGUGUCUGUCUGAUUGUGUAUUUGUCACUGUGAGGGUCGGACCAAUCAGAACACUGAAUCAGGAAACCGACAGGAAGUCAGGAUGGUGACCUUCUUCUGAAGGUCAUCUCUAUCAUUACGAUCGCCGACCUGACCCGACCCGGAAACCCGAUCGAUCGAGUUUUUAAAGUAUCAGGAGGAUUUAUUUCAUUGAUUUAAUAAAUUAAAUUUAUUAACGACACGUGAUGGACGACGAAUUUCAGAGAUUUAAAUUUUAACACAUUAAUUCAAAACUACGUCUGCAGGAGGGGGAGGAGCUUCAAUCAGGAAACUGGGCGCCAUUCUGACUCGGCGUUCUGCUUCAGUCGGGGGACGAACUCCGAUCAGGAGAAAAGAAAAGAGAGGCUGUUAGAAACUGAAGUAUUGAUAAACUAAAGUAUCGAUAAACUAAAGUAUUGAUAAACCGAAGUAUUGGUAAACUGAAGUAUCGAUAAACUGAAGUAUCGAUAAACUGAAGUAUUGAUAAACUGAACUAUCGAUGAACUAAAGUAUCGAUAAAUUAAUGUAUUGAUAAACUGAAGUAUUGAUGAACUCAAGUAUUGAUGAACUGAAGUAUUGAUAAACUGAAGUAUUGAUAAACUAAAGUAUUGAUAAACUAAAGUAUUGAUAAACUGAAGUAUUGAUAAACUAAAGUAUUGAUGAACUGAAGUAUCGAUAAAUUAAUGUAUUGAUAAACUGAAGUAUUGAUGAACUAAAGUAUUUAUAAACUGAAGUAUUGAUGAACUGAAGUAUUGAUAAACUAAAGUAUUUAUAAACUGAAGUAUUGAUAAACUAAAGUAUUGAUAAACCGAAGUAUUGAUAAACUGAAGUAUUGAUAAACUAAAGUAUUGAUAAACCGAAGUAUUGAUAAACUAAAGUAUUGAUAAAUUAAUGUAUUGAUAAACUAAAGUAUUGAUAAACUGAAGCGAACUCACUGACCCUGAAACUGUCGCAAAGAUGGCGAGUAGAGGAGGUGACGUUUUUUUCGCACAUGCUCAGUACAGAUCGGGUUUCUGGAUCAGGUGUUCAUGACAGGAAGGAGGUUCUGGUUCUCCUGGAAAGACCUCCUGUGGGUUUUUGUGAGGAAGACCUGAUCCAGCUUCUUCCCAAGUCCUGGAUCAGAACUGAGAGCAGGUCGACCCGGAUCGGUCCGACCCUCACAGGUCCGGUUCCAUGAUAGUGGUCUUGUGUUGAUCCAGAUCAGAUCCUCCUGCCUGACUUCUUCAAUAACUGUGUGUCUGUUUGUCCACCUGAGUCUGGACCGGUCCACGUGGGCCCGGUUCCGUCCCCCUGUCCUGUGUGUUGUCCUCUCUAACCUGGUGGUCUUCCCUCAGACAUUGUGAACACGGCUCGUCCGGAUGAGAAAGCCAUUAUGACUUAUGUGUCCAGUUUCUACCAUGCGUUCUCUGGAGCCCAGAAGGUACCACCCCCAACCCAAACGACCUUUGACCCCUGUUACUAACAAAACGCUGCUGUCUGUCCAGCAUGGCCGCUCUCUCACUUACAGCUGCUGCUCUGGACCAGAACCUGGAUCUACUGACACACACACACACACACACACACACAGUCAGGUCGGGAUGAAAAGGAGGAACUUGAAGCUGCAGGAGGAGCCUCGCUCUCUCCUCGCUCUCUCCUCGCUCUCUCCUCCCUGCAGGGGUUGUGGAGCUUUGGGUUGCUCUUGCUUCACUCUCUCUCUCUCUCUCUCUCUCUCUCCCCCCCUGCUGCUGGGUGCUGGGUGGUCUUGCGUAGACAUCGUGGGUACGCUGCGGCCGGAUGAGAAGGCCAUAAUGACCUACGUUUCCUGUUUCUAUCACGCCUUCUCUGGCGCUCAGAAGGUGAGCUCCUCCCACUAACCCACACUUCAGAGUUUCCAUCAGUCCUUCAGUUCAGGGUCCAGGUCUCUGUUGGCUUUAGGAAACCAGGAUUAUUAGUCAAAGUCCUGAUGGGAACUCUAACACCAGACUCUGCUGCUUCUGUUUCGGGGUUUUUGGACUUGGACCAGACCUGCCAACACUCCGGUGUUUCUGUUUUUCCCCGUAUUUCACACCGUAUAUAUAUAUAUACAUACAUAUACUCAGCACAUUACAUUAGUGUCAGCGCCCCAACGUCCAGUAGGGGUCUCCAAAUCUUCUCAAAUCCACCUGCUGUCCCUCUGAGAUAGAUGUUCAUCUCUCUAGUCCAACACAGGACGCCGUCUCUGUCACCCAAACAUUUAUCGAAGGUUGAAAAAUCAACACUUUAAUGAAAGGGAAACAAAGCUGGGAUCGAAUAUUUACGUUGAUCGUCUCUCAGCGUCUCGCAGUGAUGCGUUCAGGGCAGCCUCAGAUAACAGAGCGCUAUAUUUCACACACAGACGUUCAGAGAGACUCAAACAGGAGAGAGAGGAUGGAGAACAGAGGAGGACUUUAGUGUUAGAGGACUAAACAAGGUCAGAUCAGAGAUAUUAGUAUUUUAUUAUUAUUAUUAUUAUUAUUAUUAUUAUUAUUAUUUUAUUAUUAUUAUUAUUAUUAUUAUUAUUAUUAUUAUUAUUAUUAUUUAUUAUUAUUAUAAUUAUUAUUAUUAUUAUUAUUUAUUAUUUAUUAUUAUUAUUAUUAUUAUUAUUAAUUAUUAUUAUUAUUAUUAUUAUCAUUAUUAUUAUUAUUAUUUGUAUUAUUAUCAUUAUUAUUUAUUUUAUUAUCAUUAUUAUUUAUUAUUAUUAUAAUUAUUAUUAUCAUUAUUAUUUAUUAUCAUUAUUGUUAUUAUUUAUUUAUUUUUUAUUAUUAUCAUUAUUAUUUAUUAUUAUUAUUAUUAUUAUUAUUAUUAUUAUUUAUUUAUUUAUUUUUAUUAUUAUUAUUAUUAUUAUUUUUAUUAUUAUAAUUAUUAUUUAUUAUUAUUAUUAUUAUUAUUAUUAUUUAUUUAUUUUUUAUUAUUAUUAUUAUUAUCAUUAUUAUUAUUUUAUUGUGAAAACACAAGAGUCUGCAGCUUCACUUCGACUGAUUUAAAUGAUUUAAUUUAAUUAUAAAUCGUCUCAUAAUGAGCUCAGAUCCACCAGACCAGAGAACCACAAAACCGUCUUUAGUCCAGAACCAGGAUGUUGGCAGGUCUGACCUGGACUGGUUCUGUCUGGGUCUGGAUCCAUACUUUUUUUUGGGGGGUGGGGGCAGACCUGCUUCAUUUCUCAGAUGUUCUCUGAUCAUCGGUCUCUGCUGCAUUAACACGUUUCUCCUGUUUUUUCUGUCGUUUUUAUAUUUUAUAUUCUGUUUUUGUUCAGAAAUGUCAGUUCAGCUCAGACAGCAGCUCAGCUUCUGUGUCUCAGUCUGUGACUGUCUUUGUUAUUCCAGAGGUUCUGGUUUCCUCCAGAACAUCUACUGAUGGACUUCAGAGCUUCUUCAAACUGUAAAUAGACCAACAGACCGACUCCUCAGUCGAGUCUCAGGAGACGCAUGAAGCUUAAAAACACGCCGAGUGAUUUUCCCACAGUGAACUAACCUCCACAGACCAGCAUGGUGUGAUCAGUUAGAAGACUUAGACCAGAACCAGAACUUAGACCAGAACCAGAACUUAGUCCUUCUGCACUGUUCUAACGGUGUGUGCCUGAAAUGGACCCGCGGGUUCUGGACUUCACUGCCUGUGUGUGGAGUGUGUUGGUUUUAGAGUUAAUGUGAGGACUUAGUGAAGGUCAGAGUUCAGCAGCGACAGUCAGUGAUGAAGAUGAUGAUGAUGACAGCGUGUUUUCAGCUGAACGCCACUCAUCACUCUGUCCUCUGAUAGGCUGAGACAGCCGCCAAUCGAAUCUGCAAAGUUCUGGCUGUGAACCAGGAGAACGAGCAGAUGAUGGAGGACUACGAGAAACUGGCCAGUGAGGUGAGACUCUGACCCCCCGAAGGUCUCAUGAUGACCUCCUAAUAAAGACGUGAAGAGGACUUCCCCUGACCCUUCUCCUCCUUCCCCUCCACAUCCUUCUUCUUCUCCUCCUCCUCCUCCUCCUCCUCCUUCUCCUCCUUCUUCUCCUCCUUCUUCUCCUCCUCCUUCUCCUCCUCCUCCUCCUGCAGCUCCUGGAGUGGAUCCGUAGGACCAUCCCCUGGCUGCUGAACAGAGAAAAGCAGAAGACCAUGAAUGAGAUGCAGGCCAAACAGGAGGACUUCAGAGACUACCGCCGAGACCACAAACCCCCCAAGGUGAGUCUGAGGUUCCUGAUGAUGGUCCUGGUCCUGAUGAUGGUCCUGGUCCUGAAGGUCCUGGAGAGGGUUCAUGUCUCAGUCUGUGCUCCUCCUCUCUGUGUCUGCAGGUCCAGGAGAAAUGUCAGCUGGAGAUCAGCUUCAACACCCUGCAGACCAAACUGAGACUCAGCAACAGACCCGCCUUCAUGCCGUCAGAAGGUCGCAUGGUUUCCGUGAGUGUCCUCGCCUGAUUGGUGGUUCUCCUCAGAUAUCUGUGUCUGCCUGAAUGAAUCCAUGAAUCCUUGAAAUAGAUGUUGUCAUGGAAACAGGACCGCUGUGUGUCAGUUACACCCAAAACCUACAGGGGGCGUGUUUUGUCACCAUGGCGUCCCGGCUCUGCUGGGCGGCGCAUGUCAUCGCCUACUGGGCGAAUGAAUGAAUGAAUGAAUGAAUGGUCUUUAUUUUCCUGUCAUGUCACCAUCAGCACAGGAACCCAUCCUGUGGGUUUUGGGCUUUAAAUAGUCGGUUUGUUAACCCGGAAUUUCCACCACAUCCAGAACGGCGGCGAUUUUCGCCAUCCACCAGUUUCUACCUGAUCCGUUUGUGAGGAGAAUUUCGUGGCGGAUAACAGACGGCGGUAAUCACGAGAACUCUCAAGAACCCGCAGAUUCACGUUCAAUCCCACGAUAACGAGUCGUCUCUCUGAAGACAGACACAUAGACAUAUAAGCAGUAGAUUGUGUCCUUCCAGAGGAGGAAAUCUACUUCUAGACUUCUAGAAUCAGCAUCUCCUCAUCCAUGGUGUCAUCGGGGUGAAAUGACGUCUAAAAACCUUUCACUUGUUCGUCUCCGCCCGUUUGCAUGGUGUGAAAUACGAUCCUCCUGAAACACGGAGUGUUUUAUUUUGAAAAGAAGCCGGAUGUUUUAUUUUGUGUCUGUGCCCGACUUCCUUUCCAGCACGGGUUAAUCUGUGCUGAAUUUAUCCGCCAUGCUCCGGCGUCCAGAAAAAAUAGAACUCUUGUGAUCAGCUGAGGAGUCCGGCGAUCCGCAGAGGAACGGAAAGAAGUCGGUGUAAAUUGUGAACUGACAUCAUCAGUAAACCCCCCCCCUGUUUGUUUGACAGGAUAUCAACGGAGCGUGGCACUCUCUGGAGGGCGCAGAGAAAGGCUACGAGGAGUGGAUCCUCAGCGAGAUCCGGCGUCUGGAGAGACUCGAGCACUUGGCCGAGAAAUUCCACCAGAAAGCCGCCAUCCACGAGUCGUGGACCGACGGUACGACGCAGAAAAACAUCGAAUCAAAGUCAGGAGGUCACUGUGAAACUGCAGGUGGUCCUGGUACACGGCAGAGUCCCUGAAGUUUCUGAUGGGUCCUCUGUGAACCGGUCUAAGGUGCACAAACCCAGGAGUCUGUAGAACCAAACCAGCAGCUGGGAGUUCAUAAGAACGAGGUUUAUCGAGUCAAAACGGAGAAAAACCUCCUGAGCUCGCUCUUAAAGGGACAGUCACUUCCUGCAGUUACAUUUAUACUCAUUUAUACAUGUAUUUACACAUUUAUACUCAUUAAUACUCAUACACAUUUGUACACAUCCAUUCUCAUUUAUACUUGUAAUACUUGUACCAUUCUAUAUCUAAACACAUUCUAACUUCACUGCCUUCACUCUCCAGAAUCAGACUUUAUUUUCUUAAACAUGUCAGAGUGCUUCAUGUCUGUUCAAUGUUUUUCAUAAUUCCAGACUAAAACGGUCAGAUUUACAGAUUCUCACAGUCCGGAUUAUAAAUACUGAUAACUGAACACGGACAGUCAGGAUUUAGAGUCCGACUGCUCGCUGAAAUCAGGUGGCUGAAAUAAUAAUCUGUGUGUGUAUUCAGGCAAGGAGGCCAUGCUGACCCAGAAAGACUACGAGACCUCCACCCUUUCAGAAGUCAAGGCGUUACUACGGAAACAUGAGGCCUUUGAGAGCGACCUGGCGGCUCAUCAGGACAGAGUGGAGCAGAUCGCAGCCAUCGCACAGGAACUGAAGUGAGCAGCGAGAACAGGACAUCUGCCGCUCUGCCCAGAAAAGCUCUGACUCAUGAUUUCACUCUCCGUGUUUGUUUUUCAGCGAACUGGACUACUGCGACUCGGCCAAAGUGAACACUCGCUGUCAGAAGAUCUGUGACCAGUGGGACGUCCUGGGAGCUCUCACCCAGAGCCGCAAAGAGUCACUGGAGGUAGGACUCAAGACAGGUGUCAGGACAAACCGGAGACGGUCUGACAGAGUUUUAGAGGUUUAGAGACUCUGGCGGGAG